AUGGCUUUAACCUACGAUGUCUUCCGCGGCUCUCCCGAGAGCAAGAUCGUCAGCGACAAAGUCUCUAGCGAUCUCGACUACAACGAAGUCUUCAUCAAGACCCUCGCAUCCGGCGUCUGCGGAACAGAUGAGCACUAUCUGAAGACAAGUCAAGUCCUGGGCCACGAAGGUGUGGGGAUCAUCAAGGCCAUUGGGCCCGGCGUGCGGACGGUCAAAAUCGGUGACCGCGUGGGAUUUGGGUUCACUCAUGGGAUCUGUGCGCGAUGUGAUAACUGCGCGAAAGAUAUGGACCAAUAUUGCCGAGAAAAGAAACAAUACGGCACAAACGAUUUCAACAACGGCAGCUUCAGCUACGGCGCCAUCUGGGAUGCAAACUGUGUGUUUCGCAUCCCGGACGAGAUGGAAACAGCCCAUGCCGCACCCCUGAUGUGCGCAGGGGCUACGGUGUGGACAGUUCUGACACGGUUCGACAUGCGCCCUGGUGAUCGAGUUGGCAUACAGGGCGUGGGCGGUCUCGGUCACCUGGCUAUCAAGCUGGCUGCUGCUAUGGGGUACCAUGUCGUCGUGCUCUCGAGCUCCGAGGCUAAGAGGCAAGAGGCUAUGGAGUACGGCGCGUCGGAGUACCAUGUCUUCCGGGCGGAAAGCCCUCUCCAGUCAUUCAAGCCUUUGAAGCAUCUCCUGCUUUGUGGGAGUGCUAAUGUGAAGUAUUCUUCACACGUUGUGGACAGAAUCCUACCACUCAUGGAUAGCCCUAGUGCUAUUUAUCCCCUGACUGCAACUUUUGAGCCCUCUCCAAUUCCUACAUUGGAGCUAUGCUUCAAGGGCUGUAAGAUCCAGGGCUCCUUGGUUGCUUCCCGUCAGAGUACACAGGCACUUUUGGAGUUUGCGGCGAAGAAGCAGAUUUAUCCAACUAUAAUGACCUUUCCGUUCACUAGCGCUGGCAUAGAAGAGGCGAUGAGCCAAUUGAGAGAUGGUAAGGUGCGCUAUAGGGCUGUGCUCAUGCGGGAG